AUGGUUAUCAAGGUCGGAAUCAACGGCUUCGGUCGCAUUGGCAGAAUUGUCUUCCGCAACGCCGUUGAGCACCCAGACGUCGAAAUCGUUGCUGUUAACGACCCCUUCAUUGAGACUCACUAUGCUGCUUAUAUGCUCAAAUAUGACUCCACCCACGGCCGAUUCAAGGGUGAAGUUAACUUCACCGACAAGGGCUUAGAUGUUGAUGGAAAACACGUCCGCUUCUACCAAGAGCGGGACCCCGCCAGCAUCCCCUGGUCCGAGACCGGUGCCGAAUAUGUCAUUGAGUCGACCGGUGUUUUCACCACCACCGAGAAGGCCAGCGCUCACUUGAAGGGUGGCGCAAAGAAGGUCAUCAUCUCCGCCCCAUCUGCUGAUGCCCCCAUGUUCGUCAUGGGCGUCAACAACGAGACAUACAAAUCCGACAUCCAAGUCCUCUCCAAUGCCUCCUGCACCACCAACUGCCUUGCUCCUCUCGCCAAGGUCAUCAACGACAACUUCGGUCUCGCCGAGGGUCUCAUGACCACCGUUCACUCCUACACUGCCACCCAGAAGACCGUUGACGGCCCCUCCGCUAAGGACUGGCGUGGUGGACGUACCGCUGCUCAGAACAUCAUCCCCAGCAGCACCGGUGCCGCCAAGGCUGUCGGCAAGGUCAUCCCAUCCCUGAAUGGAAAACUCACUGGCAUGUCCAUGCGUGUUCCUACCUCCAAUGUCUCCGUCGUUGACCUUACCUGCCGCACCGAGAAGCCCGUCAGCUAUGACGAGAUCAAGCAGGCUAUGAAGAACGCUUCCGCCAACCAGCUCAAGGGCAUCAUGAGCUACUCCGAAGAUGCUCUCGUCUCCUCCGACUUGAACGGAGACCCCCACUCCUGCAUCUUCGAUGCCACCGCAGGUAUUGCCCUCAACGACCGCUUCAUCAAGCUUGUUGCUUGGUAUGACAACGAAUGGGGUUACUCUCGCCGUGUGAUCGACUUGAUUGCUUACAUUGCGGGUGUUGAUGCCCAGAGCAAAUAG